CGUAUCAUCGCGCUUGCCUUUUUGGGCUGUAACAGAACGGCGCUGGUGCCUGCCUGCUGGGCAGAAUAGGAAGAAAACAUUUCGCACAAUGGAAAAGAACCCGGGAUAGAGAGUAGGCCUGACCUCACAGAUGGGGAAUGCACACCAUCUCAGUCGGUGAUUUCACACCCCAUCUAUUCACCCGCAUCUGUGUCUUCGGGAGCACAAUUGGAUCCAGCUCUCCUUGCGGCUGAGAUCUCGACAGAAUGCCUCCCAAAAGAAAAGCAGCGCCGGCUUUGGAACAUAGGAGUAGGGCUGCUCCGCAGUCCUCUCUAAAGAAGAUAGCCGCCGAGUACAGAAAGCAGCUGAACUCCAGGUUGGCCCAGAUCAAGAGCCAGUACCUAGUGCGUGCCAAUGAGGUCAAGCAGCGGGCCAAGGACAAGAUACAGGAGAAGAAGACAAGGAUCUUUGCCCAGCAGACUCGCGAGCGCCGCCAGGUCUCCGUCAAGCUACUGAAGCUGCUGAAUGCGCGCGACGCAAAGCUUCAGGCCAUUGCUAGCAAGUUAGAAGAGACGAAGCACGACCACGACACCUUCGCCGCAUGCCUAUCGGUCGUCUACAAGACUUUGAGUGACAAAGCGAGCAAUUUAUCUGACAUCACCCCGACCCCGAGACACACGGCCAACUCGAAAGACAGGGCGAGGAGGUGAGCAUGGAGUUCGUGGGGCACAGGCCAUGCAACUGUGCCAGCCAUCCUCGACUUGACCAACUGUAUUCUGCGCGGAGCUUCCUUUAUGGCCACGAUCCGGGGAAUGGAGCACUGUCGAAUGAUGCUCCCCCCUUCGCUGAGGAGGCUUGCUGGGCUUGUAAAUCAUGGCUGAGGGAUGAGUUCUGUGUCUUGUUAUUUGAACAGAGCCAAACGCCGGUCUAUCCUGUUUUUCCAGCGGACACGAGUCCGUAUCGUAUGUACAAUGGCGCUAUAAUCCAGCCCUAGAUCACGGCGCCACGGGUAGUAAAUCGUACAGAGCUGGCACUGCCACUUGAUAACGGUGCUAUGGUCGCUGUGUGACUUGUCAGAC